AUGGGACACACCAUCAAGCGGGAUGAUGGUCGGCUGGCGGGCGGCCACGGCGAGGGUCUCAAGAUCGCGGCCCUGGUGCUGACCCACGAGAACUGCCACGUCCGGAUCCCCACCAACGGCUCGUACUGGAACUUCAACUUCAGCGGCCAGUCCAAAGCCUACUUCUCCUGCCGGCUCACGACCGUCCAGGGCCGGCCAAUGGGGGGACCGAAGGGCCGAUUGCCACUGGAGGCAUUCCACGCGUGGAUGGCGGACACGGUCGACUUGCAUGCCGCUACUGGACGGGUCCGUACCCCAUUUGGCGACCUGCUAUUGGAGCCGGUCUACCGGGGUCGUCUGUACCUGAAAGGCAUCCGAGUCCCCGAGCCCAGCCUGGACGGCAAGGCAGUCAAAUUCGGCUAUAACCUGUUUCACGGCCGCGUGGGCCGCGACCGGCAGCGACUGCUGGACCCUGACCAGGUGACGAAGGACCUCCACCGGAUCUGGAGCCACGCGAUUGUUAUAGCCCAAUCCGACGCGCUGCCAUGA